CUCCGCCCUUUACGCAACGAAAUAUUCUUCUCACUUUCUUUUCGUUAUCACUUCUCCUUGUACUCUUUCUGUGUCUAUCAAAAUAACAUAAAACAAUCAUGGAGCACUUUAACAACGACGAUCUCGAGUACGUCUUCGAUGACUACUUCGACGUCGCUGAAUUCGAAGACGACGACAUUGUUCCUCAACCAACCUCCGAUUUCGAUUCUCAGGACUCCGACUUUGAAGAUGAUUUUGCAACGACUAAUGCGAAGACGGAUACGUCUGCUUGGGAAGCGAGAAACGGGAAAGAUAUUCAGGGAAUUCCGUGGGAGAGGCUUAAUUUUAGCAGAGACAAGUAUCGCGAGACUCGAUUGAAGCAGUAUAAGAACUACGAGAACCUUUCGCGCUCUCGUCAGGACCUCGAUAAGGAGUGUUUGAAGGUGCAGAAGGGGGAGGCCUUCUAUGAUUUCCAGUUCAAUACAAGGCUUGUCAAAUCGACAAUUGUGCAUUUCCAGAUGUUUCUCAAUGGAUUUUUUUUGCCUUAUUCAACCUAGUUGUUAUUCAGCUUUCUUUGUUAAGAAACAAAGAAUUUUCAAAAGAAUUAUCUCCAAUAGACACCGGAUAUUCUUUUCUACAGACAAGACGGUUUCAUGCUAAUUUAUGGAUAUGGAUGCAUCAAGGCUAUGGUAUGAUUUGAUAUUCUUAAAUUUUUGGUGAUUUCUUGUGAAAAGAUUUUGGUCCAUCUAUAUUAUGUGUUUUCUUGCAACAUAAAGACGGUGCACACACAGCCACCUAUCCACAUCCACAUGCAACAACUUGAAUCAUGCUAACAGAGCUUUGUCGACUUUGCACCACCUUCUCCCACGUUUGAAAUGGAUUGCUAAUAAUGAUUUCGUGCACGUUUCAUUGUAAUGUAUAAUACCUGUACUGCUUUUGAGUGGAAUUAGCAGUCUUACCCUGUAAAAGUUGGCCCACGUUACUUUAAUUUUGGUUAAAUCAACAAUCUAUUUUGGAUUCUGAAGCCCAAUAUUUUAGUCCUGGAUUGGUGUUCUCUUUUAUCGAAAGCUGGGAGGGGAAAGGUUUCCAUGGUCGAAAAAUCGUCUCGAGUUCCUUUUAUCUCAAAAUUUAUUUACAAGAGAUAAAAUUUUGGGCAAUGCCAUUAGCAGUUGUGUCAAAAGGAUUUAUUUCUUGUUUUACAAAUAAAACUUAGGGCAAUGCCAUCAGCAGUUGUGUCACAAGGAUUUAUUUCUUUUUUUACAAGUAAUAUUGGUAAGUUCUAUGCUUAUACAGUUGUAGAAUAGCCCCUUAUAACUGCAACAAUGCAGCAACAACUGUGAGUUAAUAAUUCUUAAGCUAAGGUGUCCAUAGUCUGUACCAUUUUCUGUACCUUCAAAUAAUUUUGAACCUCCAUGGGUGGUUCACUUUAUUAUUUUACUACUUUUUAUGUAUGAUCAUUCCGUUAUACAAGCAUUUUAUUUGCCUUUGUAAUUCAUAUAUAUCUGUUAACGUAGUGACUGUAGCAUUAUUUGUUUCUGCAGUUUAAUUUAUUGCUUAACCUGUUUCUACAUUUAGGCCUUCUAUUUCUCUCUCUGUCAGCUUUUAAAGCAGGUGGAAAGUGAGCAGCUUGGCAGGACCUUAUUUUAUGGUAUGAUAGGAAAAUAUCUAACCACAUUUGAGAGGGCUCUAACAAUAUCUGUUAUUAGUUAGUGUUGAUUUCGUUGUUGUCAAAAGAGGCCUUGCCUCUUCAUGCUUGGCCGUAUAUUUCUAGGAUCAUCUUGUAUAUAGAUUAGUUAUCAUUUAAUUACUGAUUUACUGUUUACUUUAUGUAGUUCUUUUCCUCCUUUAUAGCCUAUUACCUAAUUACUGCUCUAGUACGUAGAUGUUCCUAAAUCAUAGUAAAGCCCUUGGGUUAAUUUGUUGGAAACAUUUAUGGUCAAGUUUUCUCUGAAAGUUUUGUAUUCUUGUUUGCCUUCCUGUCGGGGAUCAUAAACUUUGCAUAUAUUGGUGAUUAUUUAUUUCCAUGACAUUGUAAUAUUCAAUCUGGAACGACCAUUCUGGUAUUUACACUUUAAAACCCAAGCCUUUUCUGUUCUACGUCUGUUUUCCUUGUUCUCUCACUGGCACACAUGACGUCCUCAUGUCCAUCUUUGACUCAUAGAUACAAGGCCUUCUCCACUAUCUAUAUAAUUCUGUGCUUUAAGACCAAUAUCAUCUGCCACAAUUAAAAUUCCUGCCAUCCAAUUAACAAAAUAGGAUUUCAGUUACUCAUAAGUGCAUAAUUUUGUAAUCGUGUAACUCAUUCCGGAAUAUAGAGUGCUGAAAUUUUAGUGAUUAUUAUGGACAAGGGAAAAGAGAAUUUGCUGUGCAAAACACUGACCUUUUUAUCUCUUUUUACACUGGUAAUCUAAGUCAAGUACAAAUUAUAGACAUACGAACAAAGACAAAUCACAAUCAAUGUACUAAUACAAUAACUUCAUACCACGAUACUCUGACAUGGUAUACCCUACUACUAUUCUUAAUUCUACCAGUUAUAUUAUUUGAUAGAAACAUUUCUAAUUAACGGGUCAUGUUCAAUGCUGGAGUAUGAGGCUUAGAUUGAUAUCGGUGGUUGUUUACCAUAAUUAUAUGCUACUCUUUCUCUUUUCCAAUUGGGUGUCGAUAUUGAUGUCAUCCAUUUUCACGUCUGUGCAGCUGAGGAAUUUGCUGUGGGCAACUUCAAAGCAUGAUGUAUACCUAAUGCAAAACUACUCAGUGAUGCAUUGGUCCUCGAUACUACGAAGGAGUAAAGAAGUGCUUAAUGUAGCCAAACCAAUUAUUCCAACCCUUAAGCGUCAUGGAUUUUUGGCUCAGCCUGUCUCCAGAGUGCAAAUAAGCACCAUGACCGUUAAGGAAAACCUGACGGUGGCGGGUGGUUUUCAGGGUGAGCUGAUUUGCAAGAAUUUGAGUCAUCCGGGAGUAGCAUUCUGCGGUAAAAUAACUACAGAUGAUAAUGCCAUAACCAAUGCUGUUGAUGUUUACCGCAAUCCAAUUGGGUCGUUGAGGGCCAUCACGGCAAAUAAUGAUUCCCAAGUUCGGGUUUUUGACGUGGAGAGUUUUUCUUCUCUUGGGUGUUUCAAGUAUGAUUGGUCUGUUAAUAAUGCUUCUGUUAGUCCGGAUGGAAAGCUGUUGGCUGUUCUUGGGGACAGUACGGAGUGCUUGAUAGCUGAUGCUAACACCGGAAAGGUUACAGGGAGCCUAAAAGGGCACUUAGACUACUCUUUUGCAUCGGCUUGGCACCCAGAUGGACGAAUAUUGGCCACUGGGAAUCAGGACACAACAUGUAGGUUGUGGGACAUAAGGAAUCCUUCAGAGUCUAUAGCUGUGCUAAAGGGAAGAAUGGGUGCAAUAAGAGCCUUAAAAUUCACAUCUGAUGGACGGUUUUUGGCCAUGGCUGAGCCAGCAGACUUCGUUCAUAUUUUUGACUCACAUUCUGGCUAUGUACAAGGUCAAGAAAUAGAUCUAUUUGGCGAGAUUGCUGGUGUAUCCUUUAGCCCGGACACAGAGGCUCUAUUUGUGGGUAUUGCUGACCGAACCUAUGGUAGCUUGUUAGAGUUCAUCAGAAAACGCCACAAUAGUUAUCUUAUCUAGACUGCAUGUUUUAAUGGAGUGGAGUGCCUUCAAGAUGUACAGCUAUCUGCUCCACGUGCAUAUCCAUCAGAGGAUUUCUUGACUAGGUUGAAAAUUUGAUUUGUCGAGAUGUUUUACAGGGUUAUUUUUCUGUUAAAUUUUGUGGAGAAGCAAUUGUAAAUUUGUGCUCUUGUGAGCUUUUUUUUUUUUUUUUAAAGUUAGAGCUCAAAUGAUAGAUUAAUUUUUGCCUUUGUAUGAAUUUCCGUGCUUGCUAUUGUUUGUAAAAACUAUGGAAUCAAGCGUUCUAUUUUGCUUUAAACUUAUUUUUAC